AUGUGUUGGAGCGGGAUGCGACCAGCAACGGACGGUCGAGCAAAACGAUUCGUUUGGUGGAAUGAAGCAGGCCUGGUUCCCCAUUCGGGGCCGCAAACCGGAGGUCGCAUAGCGCUCGCCACUGGUGGGCUGUAUGCCCCUAUCCUCAGAUACCACGCAGGCACCUAUUACAUCGUCUGCACCAACGCCUCCCUGAAUCCCGGCGAAGCGAGGGCAAAGAAGGAGAACUUCAUUGUGUCCAGCGUGAAUAUCUGGAAAGGCGAGUGGAGCGUCCCCGUCUAUUUUGACUUCGAGGGCAUCGACCCGAGUCUUUUCUUCGAUGAGGGCGGCAGGAGUUACGUCCAGGGAUCCGCAACCCCGGGCCCAGCCACACGGAUCAACAAUUUGAGAUCGACCUCCAGCUCGGGAGAAAGAUAUCUGAAGAGCGCACAAUAUGGAGAGGGACUGGGGGUGUCUAUCCCGAAGGUCCCCAUAUCUUCAGGCGCGGUGGGUGAGCAUUUGGGGUCCUUUCGAAUCGGCCAUCAAAAACCCUAUUCUGACCCCGUACGGACGGAUGAGUACAUCCAGCAUGUGGGUCACUGCGACAUCUUCCAAGACGGCGACGGAAAUUGGUGGGCCACCUGCCUGGCCAUGCGCAAGGGAAUGGAAGGGAGGUAUGUUCUGAGCAGGGAAACGCACAUAACCCCGGGCACGUGGGACGGGGAAUGGCUGUCCCUGGAGCGCGUCAAAACCACCGUCAAGAACCACUCUGGCGCUGAGCUCAAGAGCUCGACGCUCACAGCGGCACCAGGGGUAGACUAUGUCUACCUCCGAGAUGCACGCCUAGACGACUACCAUACGGACGACACCAGCUCAGCCGUCACACUGACGGCAACCCCCGUCGAUCUCUCAGAGCCCGAGGUCUCGCCAGCCUUUGUCGGCAAGAGACAGCGGAGGCUCCAGGAAAAGAGCACGGCGGUAGUCUCCCGCUUUCACGGGUCGUGGGCUGCGGCGAAGCUCAAGUUCGGAAUAGCAUGUUACAAGGAUGAACAUCGCUAUCUCCGGGUCUAUUUUGAUGUGGCGGACUGGGCCGUUGUUUUCGAGAUCGCCAACGCCGCGCAGGGAAUUUCGCGGACGACCCAGGAGUACAGAGUCUUCUAUGCCACAACCUCUGCUCCCGACCCGGCCUGGAUAAGUCUCGCUUCUGUCAACACGCUUGAGAUGACCGAUCCUGAUUUUGUGGGACCUGUGAUUGGCGUCUUUUCGGUCGCCGAGAUGGAUGGACUGAAAGUCAAGUUUGAAGAACUUCACUUCGACUAA